ACAGCGUCACAAAUUGCGCAUGAAAUGUUGUUGGAAUACUUGAUGGCGAUGCUUGUGAUCAUGGGAUUAACCACAACAUUCGAUAAGCACAGCACAAGGCAUAUGCCACACUUUGCACUGGCCACGGAGCUCUCCAACAUCAUACCCGAGGACUAUGAGCCGCACUUUGAUAACAGCACUGACCGUGAGAUAAUUGCCGCCCUCGGGACAACAGCUCGCAUGCAUUGUCGUGUGCGAAGUCUGGGGGAUCGUGCUGUCUCCUGGAUACGUCAACGGGAUCUGCAUAUUCUAACGAUUGGCAUCAUGACCUACACCAACGAUCAGCGCUUUCUGGCCCGGCACAUCGACAACUCCGAUGAGUGGGUGCUCAAGGUCGUCUCCGUGCAGCCCCGUGAUGCCGGCAUCUAUGAGUGCCAGGUUUCUACAGAGCCCAAAAUUAGUCUGGCCUACAAGUUGGUGGUUGUAACAUCCAAAGCUCAAAUCCUGGCGAAUCGCGAGCUGUUCAUUCAGAGUGGCAGUGACAUUAAUUUGACAUGCAUUGCACCUCAGGCGCCAGGACCGUACACACACAUGCUUUGGUACAAGGACACGGAAUUAGUCAGCGAUUCGACACGCGGAGGGAUACGCGUUAUAUCCGAGCAACAGAUUAAAACCAGCAAUCUGGUGAUAUCGCGUGUCCUGCACACGGAUUCCGGAAAUUACACAUGUUCCGCGGAUAACUCAAACUCCGACAGCGUCUUUGUGCAUAUCAUUAAGAGCGAACAGCACGCGGCCAUGCAGCAUGAACUGGGCGUGAGACUGGAGAUGCCCAGCAUCUGGUUGCUCCUCUUGCUGCUAACGUUUAUACACAUGACACGCCCCCAACGGUUGGUGGCCUAAGCUGAGCGGCAACUUAUGUUUGAUGUCUGCUUUGCGUCGUGUGCAGCCUUGGAAUAAACACCUGCCACCGCCACGCCCACUGUCAGGCAGGCAGCCAGCGCCCACACUGUACAAACGGAUAGCUGCAAGGGAGGCAAUUGAUGCACCUGUAUAUAUGUAAAUCGGAGGUUUUGUUUAAACAGCUUUAAGUAUUUUUAUACGUAAUUAAGUGAAUAGAGACGCAUUACAAACCCAUAAAGCGAGUACUUCAAAAAGCAUAGCAUUAAAAAGUAAUCGAAUAGAGUCGAGCAAUCGAAUAGCAAUAAGUCAAUGAAUCGAAUAUGCAAACAUGAAAUCGAACAAAGUUGUAAAUAAAUGUUUAAUCUUAAUUAACAAACAAACAAACAGACAUAAAAACAAACAAACAAACAAACAAGGAAUGUUGAAGAGGUGCUCGCACGACUCGAACUCAUUCAUAGGUACUCGAAUAUAGGUUAUCUGUCAUCUAGAUUAAUUAUGAUAAAUUGUGCGCAGCAAGUGCAAAAUUAAAUUUUAAAAACAAAUGAUUAAUGGCAAUAUGAAUGAAUGUGAACAGUUGAACAACCAUACACUCCACUUUCAAUGUCAGUAUCUUUCUCCCUUCCCCACCAUAAAGCAAUUUAACAACA